AACCCUAAACCCUAAACCUCAAACCCUAAACCCCAAGGCGGAAAACCCAAGCCAUUUGACACAAAUCUUUCUCUCUCUAAAAAUAAUGCUCUCCCUUCUCUCUAGAAUUUGACUUUGGAAAUUUUAGGGAAAAUUUUACACAUCAAACUUCAAUUUACCGAUUACUUACGGCAUUUAGUGCAAUUCCUUAAUUUAAUUUCUGGCCUAAGGGCGGUAACUGCCACUCACGGUGGAGCAGCAAGCUGAACCACCUCCUCCACCGGUGGAGGACGGUGGUCUGGUGACAUAUCUGUCACUAGAAUCUGACAGAAAAAAGCACAAGGCUGGAAGAGAAGAAGCUGAUUCCAGAGGCUGAUCAUGGAUCGGCAAUGCCAUUGUGGAGUAAUUUGAUGAAACACUAUGGCAUGAAAUUCGAUGGUGAAGGUAAAAGCCGCACGGUUCAACAAUUGGAUUGUGCGAUGCAACAAAUGAUUCGGAAAUUAAAUUCCGAUGAAUUCAAUGAUGAGUUUGGAAGUGUUGAACCAAAAGGAAAAUCAGAGAGAAAUAGUAAUGAGAAAAGAGAAUCGGACAUUGGAGAAGAAAGCUCCGCGCAUACUCGAUCAUCGAAUUCGUCCAGUGAAUACUCGGAGAUGAUUAAAAUUCGAUGUGGCAAUUUGGAUAUACUUGUAAGUCCAGGCGUGCUUGAUGAUCUGAAAGAACGAUCAAAGAAAGGUGAAGGUGACAUGGAAGUGCUACUGUCGAAAUACAUGAUGGAGGAAAUACAGAAAGCUAUAAAAACGAAGACAGAGGCAAUGGUGGAUAGCUGUAGAUUGGAGGCUGAAUUCGCAAAAGAAGUGAAUAAUAAAAUGAAAAAUCUCACAAAAUUGACAAAGGAGGCAGAGCAAUCAGAUCAGGAAGAUCCAAAAAAGGAAAAAGAGAAUGUUGAAACGACAAGUGUUGUGCCGGAAAUAAUGAAGGUGCAACCAGUUGAGAGGGAGGUGAACACAGGGGUGUUGAAACCAAUAGAGGAAAGAGACUAUGUUGUUCCACAACCUGAAAACAAAAUGGAGAAUCAAAAGGUGAAUCAGAAGCCUGCAAAUAUAAAAAACGAGAGCGCUAAAACAAAUGGCACAACAGGUGUUCGAGAAAAUGUCAACAAGGGACCUGGAAUGGAAAAAGGAAAUAAUAUGAACAUAUUCAAUAAUCUGGGGAAGGGGGGAGGUCCUGUUAAAGGAUUUGGGGAGGGCCAAAGGAAUACACAGAGCUAUGCAUCAUUACUGGCCAGUGGUAAUAGCAAUGGCAGGGUAGAAGGCACUGCCUUUGCUGCCAUUGUUCAACCAGAAAUCAAGGAGAAGAAUCCAGAGGUGCAUAGAGGCCUCCCAGCAAUAAGAUUUGAAGAGUGUGGAAUUAAGCAAUUGAAUGCAAUAGAAGAUCAUCUCUUGAUAGGGAAAUUCUCUUGGGGAAGGCCAAAUCUGGAGGACAUAAGGAGGUGUAGGUGGAAGAAAUCCCAACUGGGGUAGGAAUGCAGGCAAUAAAGCUUGGGAGCAUGCAUCUGAUUAGCACCCUAUCUCCAAGGGGGUGACUGAUCAGGUCCAGAAGCAGAAUAACAGACAAGGAAGAGAGGAUGAUGGUCAGCUCCCUAGAACCAAUGGGGGGGUUGAUAAGACUCAGAAGCAAAACAGUAAGCUGGAAGGGGAGAAUGUACAAAAAGGGAAGGGAGUUAUGAAUGAGGGCUUGCCUGAAACAAGUAGGCAGGCUGAGAUGAGGGGGAUGCAAGAGGAAAUCAAAAUAAGA